AUGCCGUCGACGGCUCCCCUCCGAUUCGCCGUCGUCGGGGCGGGCGCGGCGGGCCUGGCGGCCUCCCGCGAGCUACGCCGCGAGGGCCACACGCCCGUCGUCUUCGAGCGCGCCGCCGCCGUUGGAGGUACCUGGCUCUACACGCCCCCCGCCCCGCUCGGCGCCGCGGCGACUCAUAAGAACAGCGGCUCCAGCAGCCUCUACGCAUCGCUCCGCACCAACGUGCCACGCGAGGCCAUGGGGUUCCUCGACUUCCCCUUCGCCGCCGCGGGCUGUCGCUGUCAGGACCCCCGCAGGUUCCCCGGACACGAGGAGGUCCUCCGGUACCUGGAGGCGUUCGCGCGGCGGUUCGAUCUGCUCCGCCUCGUCCGCUUCGAGACGGAGGUGGUCAGGGUGCGGAGGGGGAGCGACGACGGGAGGUGGGCGGUGACGUCUAGGAAGCUUGGAGAGAAGGGGAGCGGCGCCGGCGAAGACGACCAGGAGGAGUUCUACGACGCCGUCGUGGUUUGCAAUGGCCACUACACGGCGCCACGCAUCGCCGAUAUUCUCGGAGUAGAUGCUUGGCCAGGUAAGCAGAUGCAUAGCUACAGUUACCGUGUGCCGGAGCCAUUUCUCGACCAAGUAGUGAUCAUAGUCGGAGCCUCGGCAAGUGCAUUUGACAUUUCAAGAGACAUCGCAUGCGUAGCGAAAGAGGUCCAUGUCGCCGAUAGAUCAGCACCACCUCCCACAUGUGAGAAGCAGCCUGGCUACGAUAAUCUGUGGCUUCAUUCCAUGGUUGACCACGCACGGGAGGAUGGAAGUGUGGUGUUCCGAGAUGGCAGCUCAAUCAGAGCUGAUGUCAUCAUGCACUGCACUGGCUACCUCUUUGACUUCCCUUUCCUUGGAGAUGACAGCACUAUCACUGUGGAUGACAACCAUGUCAAUCCACUAUACAAGCAUGUUUUCCCACCGGAAGUGGCACCUCAACUGUCCUUCAUUGGAUUGCCAUUGAAGGCUAUUCCUUUUCCACUAGUUGAACUCCAAAGUAAGUGGGUUGCUGGAGUUCUAUCUGGAUGGAUCAAGCUUCCAUCUAAAGAAGAAAUGAUGGAAGAUGUGAAAGCUUUUUAUUCAAAACUGGAAGCACGUGGAUGGCCUAAGAGAUACACACAUAACUUAUCACAUUGUCAGUUUGAGUAUGAUGAUUGGCUUGCUGAGCAAUGUGGCCAUCCACCGAUCGAAGAAUGGAGGAAGCAGAUGUUCACUAUUAAUUUAAAGAACAAGAUAGCUCGUCCUGAGAGUUUUCGUGAUGAGUGGGAUGACUAUCAUCUAGUGGCCGAAGCAAAUGAAGAUUUCAAGAAAUUCUUGUAAAAUCUUUUCCACUAAUGUAAAGACCCUAAGAAGGCAUUGUCUGGGUUCUUGAGCUCUCCCUGUCAGAGAAAGACAAAGAGCACGCAUCACUAGUAAAAUUGAAGAUUGUUGGAGUGUCUAGUUGAUUCGACCAUCUCAAGUCUAGUGCUCACAUUGGAGCCUACCUUGAGGAUUAGUCCUAAGUU